AUGGGAAGAGCACCUUGUUGUGACAAAAUGGGCUUGAAGAAGGGUCCUUGGACAGCUGAAGAGGAUGAGAUUCUUGUCAACUUUAUCAAGAAAAAUGGUGGUCAUGGAAGUUGGCGUUCUCUUCCCAAGUUGGCAGGUCUUCUUCGUUGUGGUAAGAGUUGCCGGCUAAGAUGGACAAACUACCUGAGACCUGAUAUUAAACGUGGUCCCUUUACACUUGAGGAAGAAAAGCUAGUCAUACAGCUUCAUGCUAUCCUUGGAAAUAGGUGGGCUGCUAUAGCAUCUCAACUAGCAGGAAGAACAGACAAUGAGAUAAAGAACCUAUGGAACACCCACUUGAAGAAACGUCUCAUUUGCAUGGGACUUGACCCACAAACCCAUGAGCCAUUGAACUCUUCAAAUUACCCAAUUAACAAAACAAAUGCAUCCAUUUCAACUCGCCACAUGGCUCAAUGGGAGAGUGCAAGGCUUGAGGCAGAGGUCAGGCUCUCUAGGGAAUCAUCAUUGUUCAACAACACUUGUUCCUUUCCCCACAAACCUGAUUCUGACUAUUUCCUACGCAUUUGGAACUCUGAAAUUGGACAAUCUUUUCGUGAUGUGCACAAAUCAUCUGACAAAAGUAGCAUUUCUCUAGGAUCAUGUUCCAACAAAUGUGGGUCAGUAUCUGCCACUACAACGGAUUUGGCUUCUAACCCAGUUGGAUCCUCAACCGCAGCAAGCACAGUCAAAGAAGGUUUGGAAUGGGGUGAGAGAAAAAUUGGCUCUGAUUCAUCAUGCUCUAGUGAAUUAGAAGACUCAUGUGACACUUCAUUACAGCUCUUGUUAGAUUUUCCUAUUAACAAUGAUAUGAGCUUCUUAGAAUGA